GAAGUUUUACUCCAUACCAUCGGUUUUGGUCCUCUUUACUGGGACACACACAGAGUGCACUGCAGACAGAAGCAGGCUACUCUGGUGUAUGUGAGACUAACACUUUGGACUCCAGAUCUCAGAGGAAUGAACGAUAUAGUGAAGUGUGAAUGCGGUCAGGACAUCUGAGUGAUCUGAGUAAAACUGAAGAGAUGGCUGCAGGGGGAUCAUCUACUGGUGAUAUCCCCAAUCUCUCAGAUGUGAGGAUUGUGCUGCUGGAGAACAGUGAAGCUGGGAAGAGUUCAGCAGGAAACACCAUCCUGGGCAGAGAGGAGUUUGACCCUGAUGUGAGAACACUGCAGUGUGUGAAGAGACAGGGAGAGGUAGCAGGGAGACAGGUCACUGUGGUGGACACUCCAGGAGGGACAGAAUAUAGUCGCUAUUUUUGUAAAGAUUCUCCUCACCUCCUGAAGCAGGAGAUUGUUCUCAGUGUGACUCUGUGUCCUCCAGGACCUCAUGCCUUUCUGCUGGUCAUCCGUAAGAACAUGACUUUCACAGAGGCAGAGAGAAAAGCCACAUCAAACCACCUGAGUCUUCUGGGCCAUGGAGCCUGGAAACACUCUCUAGUUCUGUUCAUUCAGGAGACUCCUGCAGAAGAGAAAGACUUUGAGAUUAAAGGGAGAAUGCUUCACUGGCUGGUAGAGAAUUGUGAGAACAGAUAUCAUGUCCUCAACAUCAAGAGCAAGGAUAAUACCCAAAUCACAGAGCUGCUGGAGAAGAUAGAAGAGAUUGUGGCCGGAAACAGUGGCCGUCACUAUGAAAUAAACAGAGAAAUAUUACAGAAGGUUGAAGAGAAGAGGGCAGAAGAAGAGAGGAGAGCAGAGGAGAGAAGAAAUAAAGUCCAGAGACAGGGAGGUGCAAUGCUUCCAGAACUCAGAAUUGUGCUGCUGGGAUUUAAAGAUGCUGGAAAGAGUUCAUCAGGAAACACCAUCCUGGGCAGAGAGGAGUUUCAGCCUGGACAGAGAUCUGCUGUUUGUGUGAAGAGACAGGGAGAAGUAGCAGGCAGACAGGUCACUGUGGUGGAGGCUCCAGGAUGGAAAGGAAAUUCUGUGAACAGCCCUGAAAUGGUCAAAAGAGAGAUUCUGCUGAGUCAGUGUUUGUGUGAACAGGGUCCCCAUAGUUUUUGUUUAGUCAUACCAGUGGAUGCUGCUUUCACAGAGCAACACAAGACAUCACUUCAGCAUCACUCAUUUAUUUUCAGUGGGGAUAUCUGGAGUCACACCAUGGUGCUGUUCACCCAUGGAGACUGGCUGGGAGACACACCCAUUGAGCAGCACAUUGAGAGUGAAGAGGCCCUGCAGUCUCUAGUAGAGAAAUGUGGGAACAGAUAUCAUGUCCUCAACAACCAGAAUAGAGGUGAUACUAUGCAGGUCACACAGCUGCUGGAGAAGAUAGAAAACAUGGUAGCAAUGAAUAAGAGCUCUCUCUUUAAAAUGAGUGAAGAUCUUUUACAAAACCUAGAGGAGCAGGCGAAGACGGAGAAAAUCAGAGCAGAGAAGAGGAUGAUGAAGGUGAAGAAACAAAGACAAGACCUCAGGGCAUCACUGGAUCAAAUACAUCAGUCAUCUCUGAGGAUAGAUCUUCUGGGAUUUAAGCGUGCUGGCAAGUCUUCAACAGGGAACACCAUCCUGGGUGAAGAUGUGUUUGAGUUGUGCUCUACAUCAAAGUGUGAGAAGAGAGUGGGGGAGGUGGCAGGGAGGCAGGUCACUGUGGUCGACACCCCAAGCUGUUUGUGGAAAGCUGGCAUGACUAACACUCCUGAAUUCUUCAAACAGGAAACUGUGCUGAGUGUAUCCUUGUGUGAUCCUGGACCCCAUGUUCUCCUACUCCUCAUACGUAUUGAUGUCUGUUUCAAUAGUCAAUACAGACAAGAAGUGCAGCAAUAUUUGGCACUUUUCAGUGGGGAUAUCUGGAGUCACACCAUGGUGCUGUUCACCUGUGGAGACUGGCUGGGAGACACAACCAUUGAGCAGUACAUUGAGAGUGAAGAACACCUCAGAUGUCUGGUAGAGAAAUGUGGGAACAGAUAUCAUGUUCUCAACAAUAAGAAUAGGGCAGGCGAUCAGGUCACAGAGCUGCUGGAGAAGAUAGAAGAAAUGGUAGCAGGAAACAAAAACUGUCACUUUGAGAUGGACAGAACGAGACUGGAGGAAGUGAAGGAGAGGAGGAGGAAUGAAGAACAGAGAGCAACAGAGAGACUGAUGAAGGUGGAGAAGCAAAGACAACACCUCCAGUCACUGAAGCCAGGGAAUUUAUCACCACGGUCAGAGUUCAGAAUUGUGCUCCUGGGAAACAGAGGAUCUGGGAAGAGUUCAUCAGGAAACACCAUCCUGGGCAGAGAGGAGUUUGACCUGAAGAGAAGAACAGCUCAGUGUGUGAAGAGACAGGGAGAAGUAGCAGGCAGACAGGUCACUGUAGUCAAGGCUCCAGGAUGGUGGAGUAGCUACAACCUCAAAAACACUCCUGAGCUCACUAAACAGGAGAUUGUGUUCAGUGUGUCUCUGUGUCCUCCAGGACCAUAUGCUGCCCUACUUGUCAUAAAUAUUGAUAAUUCUUUCACAAUUGAAAAAAGAAUAAAUAUUCAAGAACACCUGGAGUUGCUUGGUGGAGUUGUCUGGAGUCACACCAUGGUGCUGUUUACCCGUGGAGACUGGCUGGGAAACGCAACCAUUGAGCAGUACAUUGAGAGUGAAGAACACCUCAGAUAUCUGGUAGAGAAAUGUGGGAACAGAUAUCAUGUUCUCAACAAUGAGGACAUAGGUGACAGAACACAGAUCACAGAGCUGAUGGAGAAGAUGGAGGAAAUUAUCUCUGGAAACGGGGGCCGUCACUAUGAGAUGGACAGAAAGAGACUGGAGGAAGUGAAGGAGAGGAGGGAGAAAGAAGAAGAGAGAGCAACAGAGAGACUGAUGAAGGUGGAGAAGCAAAGACAACACCUCCAGUCACUGAAGCGAAAUGUAUCACCACAGUCAGAUUUCAGAGUUGUGCUGCUGGGAUACAGAACAUCUGGGAAGAGUUCAUCAGGAAACACCAUCCUGGGCAGAGAGGAGUUUGACCUGAAGAGAAGAACAGCUCAGUGUGUGAAGAGACAGGGAGAAGUAGCAGGCAGACAGGUCAUUGUUGUCAAGGCUCCAGGAUGGUGGAAGAAUGUCAACCUCAAAGCCACCCCUGAGCUCACUAAACAGGAGAUUGUGCUCAGUGUGUCUCUGUGUCCUCCAGGACCUCACAUUCUCUUACUGCUUAUAAAAGUAGCUAAGUCUAUCACACAGGAUGUCAUUAGAAACAUCCAAGAACAUCUGGAGAUUCUCAGUGACAGAGUCUGGAGUCACACCAUGGUGCUGUUUACCUGUGGAGACUGGCUGGGAAACGUAACCAUUGAGCAGUACAUUGAGAGUGAAGAACACCUCAGAUAUCUGGUAGAGAAAUGUGGGAACAGAUAUCAUGUUCUCAACAAUGAGGACAAAGGUGACAGAACACAGAUCACAGAGCUGAUGGAGAAGAUGGAGGAAAUUAUCUCUGGAAACGGAGGCCGUCACUAUGAGAUGGACAGAAAGAGACUGGAGGAAGUGAAGGAGAGGAGGGAGAAAGAAGAAGAGAGAGCAACAGAGAGACUGAUGAAGGUGGAGAAGCAAAGACAACACCUUCAGUCACUAAACGCAGGGAAUUCAUUCCCGCAGUCAGAGUUCAGAGUUGUGCUGCUGGGAUACAGAACAUCUGGGAAGAGUUCAUCAGGAAACACCAUCCUGGGCAGAGAGGAGUUUGACCUGAAGAGAAGAACAGCUCAGUGUGUGAAGAGACAGGGAGAAGUAACAGGCAGACAGGUCACUGUAGUCAAGGCUCCAGGAUGGUGGAAGAAUGUCAACCUCAUAAACACUCCUGAGCUCACUAAACAGGAGAUUGUGCUCAGUGUGUCUCUGUGUCCUCCAGGACCUCACAUUAUCUUACUGCUUAUAAAAGUAGCUAAGUCUAUCACGCAGGAUGUCAUUAGAAACAUCCAAGAACAUCUGGAGAUUCUCAGUGACAGAAUUUGGAGUCACACCAUGGUGCUGUUUACCUGUGGAGACUGGCUGGGAAACGUAACCAUUGAGCAGUACAUUGAGAGUGAAGAACACCUCAGAUAUCUGGUAGAGAAAUGUGGGAACAGAUAUCAUGUUCUCAACAAUGAGGACAAAGGUGACAGAACACAGAUCACAGAGCUGAUGGAGAAGAUGGAGGAAAUUGUCGUUGGAAAUGAGGGCUGUCAUUAUGAGAUGGACAGAAACAGACUGGAGGAAAUAAAGGAGAGGAGGGAGAGAGCAACAGAGAGACUGAUGAAGGUGGAGAUGCAAAGGCAACACCUCCAGUCACUGAAGGGGAAUUCAUCCCCACGGUCAGAGUUCAGAGUUGUGCUGCUGGGACACAGAACAUCUGGGAAGAGUUCAUCAGGAAACACCAUCCUGGGCAGAGAGGAGUUUGACCUGAAGAGAACAGCAGCUCAGUGUGUGAAGAGACAGGGAGAAGUAGCAGGCAGGAAGAUCACUGUAGUCAAGGCUCCGGGAUGGUGGAAUAAUUUCAGCCUCAAAGACACUCCUGAGCUCACUAAACAGGAGAUUGUGCUUAGUGUGUCUCUGUGUCCUCCAGGACCACAUGCUGUCCUAAUUGUCAUAGAUAUUGAUUCUUUCACAAUUGAAAAAAGAAUAAAUAUUCAGGAACACCUGGAGUUGCUUGGUGGAGCUGUCUGGAUUCACACCAUGGUGCUGUUUACCUGUGGAGACUGGCUGGGAGACACAACCAUUGAGCAGCACAUAGACAGUGAAGAAGCCCUGAAAUCUCUAGUAGAGAAAUGUGGGAACAGAUAUCAUCUUCUCAACAAUCAGGACAAAAGUGACAGAACACAGAUCACUGAGCUGAUGGAGAAGAUGGAGGAAAUUAUCUCUGGAAACGGGGGCCGUCACUAUGAGAUGGACAGAAAGAGACUGGAGGAAGUAAAGGAGAGAAGAAAACAACAGACACAGAGAGCAGAGGACAGACAGAUGUGUGUCUACAGGCAGAGAUCUGCUUUUCAAUUCUCAGGAGGUGAUGCUCAGUUCCUCUCAAGCGUGAGGGUUGUGCUUUUGGGACACAAAUAUGCUGGGAAGAGUUCAUCAGGAAAUACCAUCCUGUGCAAAGAGGAAUUUGACUUGAAGAUAAGAACAACUCAGUGUGUGAAGAGACAGGGAGAAGUAGCAGGCAGACAGGUCACUGUGGUGGACACACCAGGGUGGGGGAUAAAUGAGACCCUCAGAGACACUUCCCGGAAAACCAAACAGGACAUUGUGCUCAGCGUGUCUCUUUGUCCCCCAGGACCGCAUGCAGUCCUUCUAGUCAUACGUGUAGAUUAUAGUUUCACAGAGGUCUACACAAAAAGCAUCCGGGACCAUUUGAAGCUUCUUGAUAAACAUGUUUGGAGACACACAAUUGUCCUUUUCACCUAUGGAGACUGGCUGGGAGACACAUCUAUUGAGCAGCACAUUGAGAGUGAAGGAGAAACCCUGCAGUGGAUUGUUGGGAAAUGUGGGAACCGAUAUCAUGUCCUCAACAACAAGGACUGGACUGAUGAUACACAAGUAACAGAGCUGCUGGAGAAGAUAGAACAGAUGGUGGUAAGAAAUGGAGGAGCUCACUAUGAAAGACCACAAGAAGAGACAACAUGGACGUCUUUCUUCAGAGGUUUACUGAAAUGGAAUAGAGCAGAUGACCAGAGCAGAGACAUGGAUGAGGCUGCAGCACGAUUUGAUGAGUUGAGUCUGCAGGGAAGCAUUAAAACUCCCCCAGACAUGGGUGGAGAUGACAGAUCGGGGAUGUUCACAGUGGAAACCUCAGGCUACGACACAUACCCAUCAGCAGCACCUUCUGAAGCCACUUCAAUAGCCUUGUCUGAAGCCUCUACUGAAUGGGGCUCCCAGGGGUCUAUCAACACUGAGUGGAGUUUCCAAGGGAGCACUGAAGGGAGAGAUGAGACGUGCCCUCAGCCUACCACACACACACACACAUCUCAGACACAGCAUCUGAAGCCCCCUCAGAACGAGACUCUGUGAUGUCAGCAGCUAACAGCUCUGGGAUUGGUUCGCUAAUGUCUGGAAGACUGGAGGGAUGGAGCGAACAUAUGAGAUCAGCGGUGAAGGAGGAAGUCAGAAGAGGAAGGGAGGAGGGGACUGUCCUCUGAAAGAUUCUGAAAAAGUCACAGAUUAGUUCAUAUUUCCUUUCUCUCUCUCUCUCUCUCUCUCUCUGAAAUUGUAACAAUGACCAAUAUGUUCAUUACAUAACUCUGAUAUUUUAUGAUAAAUUGUUAUUGAAAAGACAUCUUUCACUUUCCACUUGUCACUGUUGAUUUAUUGUUAUAACCUAUUAGAGCUUCUACUAGCUCUUGGAUUAGAUGCAUUUGUACCCAUAUACUGCAUAUUGUACAUAAAGGUAUUUUGAACAAUAUUUAUGUGUAUUAUGUAAUCUAGGUCUAUAAUUUAUGGUUAUGUGUGUAAUCUAUAUAAUCUAGCUAAUGUUUUUUUUCCCCUCAGUUAAUGCUGGAUAGCUUUUUUUUCACAAUUUUAUGUAAAUGUUAAUUUACGCAUUAUAAUGUAUCUAACAACCAAAAAAAACAAUAAAACUGGGGGCUUCUGAGCCUUUCAAAAGAC